AUGGGAAAAGAUGAAAAGAUUACAAGCUAUGCGUCGAAGGUGCAGAAACUCGUCCAUCUCAUGAAGGGUUAUGGUGUAACCCUAAUUAAUAAUAUGAUAGUUGAGAAGUUAAUACGUACGUUGACCUCUCACUUUGAUCAUGGUAUUGUAACUAUUCAAAAAUAUAACAAUCUUGAAACCCUAAAACUGGAAGAUUUGGUUGGUUCGUUGGAGGUGCAUGAGAUUAGGAUCGUUGAAAGGAAAGGAGUUCAAGACUCGAUACAAGAAUUACAGGCUCAGUCAUGGAAGAAGAGUGGUGGUUCCAAUAAGUUAAAAGGAAAAAUUGACAAGACUCAUGGUAAAAAGUGUAGGUCGAAUCCUCACAAGAAUAAGGUCAAUGAUAGAGCUUCUGAAUCCUCGAAAAGAGGGGAAGGAAAUUCCUAUAAAAAAUACAAAGAAGAGAAAAAAGGUGUGCAGUGCUAUAACUAUGAAAAGUUGGGUCACUUGGCGAAGCAUUAUUGGUACAGGAAAGACAAGGGAUCGACAAAAGGCAAAAGGGAAGGAGUGAACAUUUCACGUCAACAUUCAGAUGUUUCUAAUGAUGUGAUGGUUAUAAAUGCAAUUACAGAUGACCAUGUUGAAUCCAAUAUUUGGUUCCUCGACUCAGGUUGCUCGAAUCACAUGACUAGUCAAAAAGUAUGGUUAGUAGAUUUUGAAGAGUCGAAGAAGAGCAAGAUCAAACUUGUUGAUAGUAGCUCGUUGCAAGCUGAAGGUACUGGAAACAUAGUUAUUCAAAGGAGUAAUGGAGUGAAAGCCUUGAUCAAAGUUAUACUCUAUGUCCCUGGAAUGAAGUGCAAUCUGCUAAGUGUUAGAUAA